AUGGAGACCCUGGUCUACUUGCCUGAUACUCAAGACCUUUUUGAAGGUAGCCUAGAGGAAGAUGAGAAGUACCCGGAUAAUGAAGGAAGCGAAGAGGAUCUAGAGGAUCAUGAAGAAAGUGAGUCAGAGAAAGGAGCACAAGAGGAAUUAUCAGAUUCCGAAGAUCCCGAAGAAGUUGAGGAGCCCAAAGAAGUUGAGGAGCCCCAAGAAGUUGAGGAGCCCCAAGAAGUUGAGGAGCCCAAAGAAGUUGAGGAGUCCCAAGAAGUUGAGGAGCCCCAAGAAGUUGAGGAGCCCGAAGAAGUUGAGGAGCCCAAAGAAGUUGAGGAGUCCCAAGAAGUUGAGGAGCCCCAAGAAGUUGAGGAGCCCGAAGAAGUUGAGGAGCCCGAAGAAGUUGAGGAGCCCCAAGAAGUUGAGGAGCCCGACACUCAAGAGGUUCAGGAGCCAGAGAGCCAAGACAAAAAGAAAAGUGAGCAAGGUGAGACCACAAUCGAUGAAGAUGAAGAAGACGAUGAAAAGGCAGCAGCCUUCAGUGACACAAAGGGCCCCAUUGCUCAGGAGCAGUUUGCAUCCAAGGAGCUGGAGGAGAAGGCAGCCGCAGCAAGUGAGUUGGUCAAGAAGACUUCCAACACAACAAAUGACGAUAUCGUCCGGGCACAACGCAAAAUGCGCCAAGCUGUGAAAGAAGCAGAGGAGUGUGAGGAUUCAGAAGGUGAAGAUGAUGACCGCAGGCUGAGAGAGCUGGACGAGGAAUCAGAUGAGCGGAGGAGACGCAAAGGACGUGGAAGAGGACGGCCACGAGGAAGAGGAGGAAGAGGUAGAGGGCGAGGAAAGAAAGAAGCAGACUCUGACAAGCCUGACAAGAGGUACAUUGGAGACAAAAGCGCUGCAAAUGCAGAGAUGGUUUCUGAGAAGCCAGAAGCAAAGAGCCAACCAGCCAAUCCCAGGAAAGCAAAGAAGGAAGGUGAAAGCCAAAAGUCUAGAAGCAAGCAAAGUCCCUUGAAGUUGGCAGCCAGUGCUUCAAGGAGGAUGAUGGAGAAGAAGAAUGGAGAUCCAGUAGCAAAGAACUUGACAGCAGAGUUUGAGAAAAUGGCUCAGAAGCGUGAUGAGAAAAAACCCAAGCGAGUAAAGAAACCGUUGGACACCACAGACCUUGCUACCAGCUGCAGUAUGUUGAUGCGCUUGAAGCACGAAGAGCCUAUGUUUUUGGUCCCUGAUGACCUUCAAACCGCUGUGGACACCUUCCAGUCUACUCACACAUGGACCUAUCCCCAUAAGUCCUUCACAUUGACUCGGCCUGAUCAUCUUGGACCAGCGCCUGUCGAAGAGCCAGGGACCAUUGGAGUCUUGCUUGACACCCGUGGGUUUUUUGCAUCCAGAGUGCCCAAAGAGCGGAUCGAGUUAGUGAAUGAGAAAAUGAAUCCGCAACCUGCUCUUAACGCAAAUGUGCGGCGAGGUGUCAGUGUUUCUUGGGGGAAAUAUGGUCCCUUCUUUGGGCCAGGUGCUUAUCCUAUCAUGGAAUUGCAGUAA